CGAAAUGCAUCGGGAGGCAGAAAAGCAGCAUUAGAAAAUCGAAGGGGGAGAACCGGAGGAGAGCGGCACUAAAAUGGGAGGAGGCGGUAGGAGCUCGCGCCUGCGCCAUGAGGCUCCAGUGGUGUAACCUCCCCCGCCCCGCCGCCCUAGCAGGCAAAGGUGGCGAUUGAGGCGAGGAAAGGAUUGGGGCCCUAUUCCCACUACCUCACAGUGACUGGAAACGGAGCGAGACACACACACACCCCGAGAUCCACAGGAAGGGCCUGGUUUGGGGCAGCGCAGGAGGCCGCGAUUUUUAGAGAAUAUCUUGAACUCCAGUUGUGUCUUGAUGACCAGCUCCAUUCCUCCUGAUGCUGUUGGAAGAAGAAUCCUCUGUAAUGGAGACUAUGGAACUGUUCUUUAUGUUGGCAAUGUUCCACCAACAACAGGAAUUUGGCUUGGAGUUGAAUGGGACAACCAUCAAAGGGGAAAACACAAUGGUAGUCAUGAAGGAAUACAAUACUUUAAGUGCAGGCACCCUACAGGGGGAUCUUUUGUGCGUCCAAACAAAGCAAAUUUUGGAAUAGAUUUUCUGUCUGCUGUCAGGGAGAAAUAUGGAUUGAAUGAAAAUGAGCAAGAUGCUGAUAAUGGAAGAGAAAUAUCAAUAGUAAUUGGAAGGAAGACAGUGGAAACUGUGGGGUUUGAUUCCAUUAAACAAAAGCAAAAGCAGUUGCACACAUUGACUGACAUCUCAGUAGAUCAAUGUGCAGUAAGUGUUGCUGGCGAAGAAGAAGAAAUCAGAAGAACAUGCCCUAAUAUCAGACGAAUAAAUCUAUCUAAAAAUCUUUUGUCGUCCUGGAAUGAAGUGGUUCGUAUUGCUUGUCAACUUCAAAGCCUAGAAAUUCUUAAUCUCAGUGAAAACAAAAUAAAGUUUCAGUCUACUUCACCAUCUGCUUCAGGAGCUUUUUGUAAAUUAAGGGUGCUAGCGCUUAAUCAAACAGGAGUAACAUGGCCUGAGGUUCUUUCAUGUGCUGCAGGGUGGCCAGCUCUUGAAGAACUCUACCUUGCAUCCAAUGGUAUUUCACAUUUAGAAAGGCCUGUCGAUGUCCUGCAUAACUUGAAAUGGUUAGACCUUUCAAACAACCACUUAAAUGACAGUAAUGAGCUUCAGCUAAUUGCUGAUCUCCCCAGGUUAGAAAGACUAAUACUUUCAAACAAUGGAAUUUCUUCUAUACAUUUCCCUGAUGUGGAAUUUGGUUGCAAGGCUACAGUGUUUCCUUCUUUAACACAUCUUAUAGUAAAUGGCAAUAGAAUUUCAGAAUGGUCAGUUAUCAAUGAACUGGAUAAAUUACCAAAGCUUCAAUCAUUGGAUUGUCGGAAUAAUCCUUUAAUGGAUACAGACAAAAAUAUAGAGACUGUAAAACAGCUGCUUAUUGCCAAAAUAGGCCAGUUAAAGUUUUUGAACAAGUCUCAGAUCUUUCCUGAAGAAAGGAAGGGAGCAGAACUUGACUAUAGAAAAAAAUAUGGAGUUGAUUGGUUAAAGGCUGGUGGUAAUCAAGAUCCAAACAAAAACAAUCCAAAUGAGGAAUUUAUUGCUGCACAUCCUAGAUUCCAAUUACUCUGCGAAAAAUAUGGUUUUCCUGAAGAUGGGGAGCUGAAAAAAGAACAGCCUUUCUCCUUAAAAAAUCAGCUGCUGAAGUUGACCUUUAAGUGCCCUGACAAACCUGACCAGAAGCCCAUAGAGAAGAAACUGCCAGAUUCUAUGACUGUUCAGAAGGUCAAAGGAUUGCUGUAUCGGCUACUUAAAAUCCCGGGUUCAGACCUAAAAUUAUCCUAUGAAAGUUCUAAAAUGAAAGGCAAAGAAUUUGAAUUGGACAAUGACCUAAAGCCCUUGCAGUUUUACUCUAUUGAAAAUGAUGACUGCAUUCUAGUACGAUGGUAACUGCAGCCUUCAAUGCAUCUCUUGGAGAAUAGCUGUAUGUUGCUAGCAGAAUGUCUACAAUUAGUGUAUACUGAUUUUUAAAGAUUAUUUGGAAGAACUAUGAUAUCUUAAAAGAUGGAAACAUAUUUGCUAGAUAACUAUACUAUCCUGCACUUUGUGUUAAUAAAUGGUGUCUUAAAAACA